AGGUUCAUUAAAUUUCGUCAUGAUAGUGAGCGUAUAUAAACAGACGGCUCCAACCGAAGUAUGAGAGAAACGGCACUUGCUUUUCCUACAGGACACAAAAGCAAGAACAUGUGGACCCGUUUGGCACUUUUGGCUGUGGUGGUCGUUGCCACACAGGCCACCUCCAUCCGUUAUGGAUAUGCCGGAGACGCAUGUACUCCAAACCCAUGUUUAAACAACGGAGUUUGUACCAGUCUGGGUGGAGAUAGAUUUAGAUGUAGCUGUUUGAGAGGACUUACUGGUAUCAUCUGUCACUUGGAUGAGGCUGGCAACCCAGCCUGCCCAGGCAAGUGCGUCGGCGUCCCAGGCCCAGCUGGUGCCCCAGGACCACAGGGUCCAGCCGGAGCCCCAGGUGUCGGCGUUCCAGGUGCUGAUGGUCGUCCAGGUGCCCCAGGCGCUCCAGGUCUGAAGGGUGCCCGUGGUGCUAGUGGCUUCCCAGGUGCUCCAGGUGCUGACGGCAAGCCAGGUCCCGCUGGCCGCCCAGGUGCUGACGGUCGCCCAGGCGCUCCAGGUGCUCCAGGAGCCAAGGGUGCCCGUGGCGCCACUGGUGCCACAGGUGCUCCAGGCAACGAUGGUCGCCCAGGUGCUGCCGGACGUCCAGGUGCUCGUGGUCCAGUCGGUCCAGUCGGCCGUCCAGGUGCUCCAGGUCUUGCAGGUGCUCCAGGUCUUCCAGGAAAGGAUGGUGCCCCAGGUCGCAACGGUCUUGAUGGUGCUCCAGGUGCCCCAGGCGCUAAGGGUCCACGUGGUAACACUGGUGCUCCAGGUGCUGCCGGUCUUAACGGUGCCCCAGGUGCACGCGGUCCAGUCGGUCCAGUUGGUGCCCCAGGAAAGGAUGGUCGCAACGGUGCUCCAGGCCGUAACGGUCUUGACGGUGCUCCAGGUCCCAAGGGCGCCAGAGGUGCCACCGGUGCAACAGGUGCUCCAGGUCGCCCAGGAAAGGAUGGUCUCAACGGUGCUCGAGGUUUUGAUGGUGCCCCAGGCGCUAAAGGCAAGGAUGGACUUAACGGUGCUCCAGGUGCCCCAGGUCGCGAUGGUUUUAACGGCGCUCCAGGUGCCAAGGGAGCUAGAGGUGCUACCGGUGCCCCAGGUGCUCCAGGUCGCCCAGGUGCUAAGGGCAAGGACGGCGCCAACGGUCUGCCAGGUCUUGAUGGUCGCCCAGGUGCCGCUGGUCGCCCAGGUGCUCGUGGUCCAGCUGGUCCAGCCGGUCGCCCAGGUAAAGAUGGUUUGGCUGGUCGUCCAGGUGCUUCCGGUAGACCAGGUGCCAAGGGUGCCCCAGGUCCAGUUGGACCCGUCGGACCCGUCGGUGCUCCAGGUCGUAAUGGUGCCCCAGGCAAGGAUGGUCUUAACGGUGCCCCAGGCGCUCGUGGUCCAAGAGGCCCAGUUGGUCCAGUUGGUUUUACCGGCGCCCCAGGUGCCCCAGGCAAAGAUGGUGCCGCUGGCAGAAAUGGCGCCCCAGGUGCUCCAGGACGCAAAGGCGCUGAUGGUCUUAACGGUGCCCCAGGCAAAGAUGGUGCUGCUGGCAGAAAUGGUGCCCCAGGCAGAGUUGGUGCCCCAGGUCCAGUUGGCCCACAGGGUGCUAAGGGUGCCGCUGGUGCCCCAGGCCGUGAUGGUUUCAACGGUGCUCCAGGCAAGGAUGGUCUCAAUGGCGCUCCAGGAAAAGACGGUGCCCCAGGCCGUAAUGGCGCCCGUGGUCCAGCUGGUCCAGUUGGUCCAGUCGGCCCAGUCGGUGCUCCAGGCCGCAAUGGUGCUCCAGGCAAGGAUGGUCCAGCUGGUGCCCCAGGUCGCAAUGGUGCCCCAGGCGCUAAGGGCGCUACUGGUGCCCCAGGUCGCAAUGGUGCCCCAGGUGCUAAGGGUGCUCGUGGUGCUUCUGGCGCUCCAGGCAGAGACGGACUCGCAGGUGCCCCAGGCAAGAGAGGUCCAGCAGGUCCAGCCGGUCCACAGGGUCGCCCAGGACCACAAGGCGCUCCAGGUGCCGUCGGUGCCCCAGGUGCUCGCGGUCCAGUCGGACCAGUAGGUGCCCCAGGUGCCCCAGGCAAGGAUGGUGCCCCAGGUGCUGACGGUCGCCCAGGUGCCCCAGGUGCUCCAGGCGGUAAAGGUCCACGUGGUGCCACUGGUGCCCCAGGCCGUGACGGUCUUGAUGGCGCCCCAGGUGCCCCAGGCAAGCAGGGACCAGCCGGACCAGUCGGAGCCGUUGGUGCCCCAGGUGCCCCAGGCCGUGAUGGCGCCCCAGGUGCUCAAGGACCAAGAGGCGAUACCGGUGCCACUGGUGCCCCAGGUGCCCCAGGCCGUGACGGUGCCCCAGGCGCUCAAGGUGAGAUGGGAGCCAUGGGAGCCCGUGGUGCCAUGGGUGCCGCCGGCCGCCCAGCCGCCGCCCGUGGAUUCGGAUACAAGAAGCCACGUUACUACUAAACUGUUAAUCUAAACAACCUCUGGGAAGUCGGUGACAAGACGGACACGGUACAAGAACUCCUGCACGGGGAAACCCCGCGGUGAAUAGCCCAAGUGCUUUCGGGGAUUGGGUCAAUACUUUCUCAACGUUUUUCGGACUAUUCCCAUCACUGUGGUCGACUUGUUACGGAUGGACCAGACAAUGUGUUUUGUAUGAAGAGUGUGUAUUUUAUUAUUUUGUUUUAAGACUAGUAAGGAAAAACAAAUAAAAAAGGCGAACGCAUGGGGUUUUAUUAUUCCGUGAGAAGCCUUUCAUAAGUGAAUCCAUUUGAUCGUUCUUUCAUUUCUGUUAAAGGACAAUUCAUUACGCUUAACGGGGCUUUCGUAUUUUCCCUAAAUGGCGCUGUACUGUUCACCUGAUGUGCUAUGUUUUCUUAUGUCCUCCUUUCAACUUUUCUUUUAACGAUCCUGCUAGCUAUAAUGAGCAUGCGUGUUGCAAUGUAAUACGUAUCUCCAGCCAAUUUCCAUCAGGCAUAUUCUUAUUGCGAAAUAAACUUUAUUUAUCUAAAAACA